AUGACCUUACAACUUAACUCGACACUCAAAAUGUUUACAGUUAAUGGUUUGGGAUGCAUGCCGCCGAUAUGUAAAAGCAUGGAAAAAAAUGAAAUACUAGGCUGUGAGGGUAACAUUUUAACUAAUUUCAGGUAUAAUGGAGAAAUCGCUAAAGCAGUUGAUUUAAGAUGUGAUGAGGGUUCACUUGUAGUCGCUCCUUUUGAUGGCAAUUUAUCAUUUUGGAGGCCGUUUGAGGGACCUACCAGCUGUGAAAACGAAGGAGUAAAAAUAAGUGGCUUUGGCCAAUGGCAAGGUUAUCGAGUUUAUAUCGCUCCGGUCUCGUUGGACUUUUUUAGCGGUCGUGUUGAGAAGGGACAAAGAAUUGGGAUUUCAAAAAAUUUUGGAUGCAUUUUUAAUACAGAUGUUCUUCCUCAGCAUAUACGACUUAACCUUCUGAAGGAGAAGAAGUUUAUUGAUCCUACCUAUCACCUAACUGAUUGUAUGUGCACGGGUCAAAUUUGCGAAACUAACAUCAAUAACGCUGUUCUCGGGAAGCCAUUUCAUCAUUACAAUGCGUACAAUGGCGUCUUUGGAUGGAACAUCAAAUGUCCAUUGCCUGUUGAAACUGCCUCACGGGAAGUUAAAGCUCCGUAUAUAUAUUCUCCAAUAGAUGCUGAAUGGGCGGGACGGAUUCGCUGGAACGCAGCUAAUGGAGAAUACAUUGGGUGUGAUAAUGACGGAAUCGUUUUGAAGGGCACAGAUACUUGGGAAGGUUUUGAGGUACGUUUGUACAAUGCCUUGUAUAAGGACGACAUUAUUGGAAAAAAAAGGAUUGUGCAAGGCCAAAUUAUUGGUACUCGACUGGUUUGUGAUGCUGCGCCUGACGGAGUGUUUAUGGAGGUUCGGUAUCUAGGAAGAAUAGUUGAUAUUUCGGACUUGAUCAGUGCAAACCUUUGCAAAAAGCCUGACUUUAUUUGA